CGCGUGCACAGACAUAAAGCUGAACACACCUAUAUAAAACAUAAUCGAUCAAUAUAUAUCGCUGCUGUUACCGGAUCUAUCAGCUCACAGAGGAAUACAUCACACCGGAUCAUUUAAACCGAUUCCUGCUCGGACUGAACAGAUGGAGCCUCUUUUAUCUGGAUACAGAAACACAUUAAAGCGUCAGGUGGCCUUCGAGAAGUUUGAAGACCCCAUGUCCCUGUUUUCGGGGUUUCAUCCUGUACAAGAAGAGGAGCCGCCCGCGCAAGAGGUCCCGUCCGGUCUAGACUGUUUCUCGCAGGAUGUGGCGGCGUGUUCGGUGCCGCUGUUGACGCCCUGCAGUAAAGCCGUGAUGAGUCAAGCGCUGAAGGACAGCUUUAAUGGCUUCUCUAAAGUCCAGCGCAUCUGUGGCAUCUCCAACAAUCCGUGUAAGUGGUCGCACCAGCAGGUGUUGCAGUGGCUGUUCUGGGCGUCGGGUGAAUUCAGUCUCACCAACAUCAACUUCUUCAAGUUUGACAUGAGUGGACGGGAGCUGUGCGACCUGGGAAAAGAGCGAUUCCUGGAUCUGGCUCCUGAUUUCGUGGGUGAUAUUCUGUGGGAGCAUCUGGAGCAGAUGAUGAGAGCUUGUGAAGACGAUGAAGAGGUGAAGAUCUCGAGAUGGACGAGCAGCCGGUCUCACGGUGUGAGGUUGGAGGAAUGUUCUCUGAAGGUUCCGGAGAGCCGCGGCAGUCUCCUACGAGAGCUGUUUGAGACGGGUGAAUCCGCCCUGAUGUCGUCCGGUCAGGAGAUCUCCAUGUAUCCCAAACCUGAACUGAGCACCGUCAGUGUCGGCUACAUCACACGCGAGUUAACCGGCGCUAAAGCUGCUCCACGCCUCGCUACAGCAGCGUCAUCACGUGACGAGACAUCAGUGGAGAGCGUGGAGAACGUCGAGGGUUCUGAGAGCGUUCUGCGAUCGUGGGGAAGUCAUUCCUCCCUCGCCGACGCCCAGCGCGUCCCGUCCUACGACAGCUUUGAAAAGGAGAUUGCGGUCAAUCCGCUGAGUCUCGGGAAACAGGGUCUGUCCUUCAAAGAUUACGUCCAGGAGAGGAACGAGCCGCUGGAACACGGCAAAGCCGUCAUACCUGCAGCGGUGCUCGCGGGAUUCACUGGAAGUGGGCCGAUUCAGCUGUGGCAGUUUCUGCUGGAGCUGUUGACCGAUUCCACCUGUCAGAACAUCAUCAGCUGGACGGGUGACGGAUGGGAGUUCAAACUCACCGACCCCGAUGAGGUGGCGCGCCGCUGGGGAAAGAGGAAGAACAAGCCCAAAAUGAACUACGAGAAGCUGAGUCGAGGACUGCGCUAUUACUACGAUAAAAACAUCAUGCACAAGACGUCCGGCAAACGCUACGUCUAUCGAUUCGUCUGCGACCUGCAGAACCUGCUGGGAUACACGGUGGAGGAGCUGCACAGCAUGCUGGGAGUUCAGCCCGACACGGAGGGCUGAGGCGGUCCAGGGGGCGUUCAGGACCCUGUCGUGUCACCGUCUUGUGUUUGUGGUGAACACAUGAUGACAUCACUGCGUGGAGAGCUGCUCGUGACUGUUACAGACGUUUGAGAGAGGAACAGAUCGGACGUCAUCAGAUUGUUAUGAAGUGAUUGGAAGUGAACAUGAGCUCAUUAAUGCCUUCAGAGAUUAUGUGACCGCUUUAACACGUCAACCGCGAGAGAAUGAGAACUUGUGACGUUCGCUCAGUAUUGAUGAUGUCUGCUGCAAACCGACUGUUUGUAAAGAUGCCUGUGUUGCCUUUUAAUGCACAUCACUUCUGUGUCGGGACCAAGUGUGCCGCACAAGCCCUCAAAAGUGAAGCCAAAACGUCUCGAUCGCCCCCCGGUGGCUGGUCCUAGUAUAGGUCAUAAGCCCCGCCUCCCCAUGUUAUUCAACGGGACAUGAGACCAACUAAACAAUUAAAUUACACUUCACAUAUCUUUUUUCCAAAGAUAGUUUCUGUCAUUUACUGUCGUUUCUAUCACGUUGAUGUCAUUUCAAGUGUUUGUUUUCAAAAUAAGUUUGUUUUUAGUUAUUUGAUGCUAUAAAAACGCUGCUGUGACAUCAUGAUUGACAGCUGUGAUUGACAGGUUCUCACUGAAGUAGUCACUGAAGCACCAACUGACUUUUUUCGGGAUCUUCGGAGGACUGAGGAGAUUGGAACUUUACAUUUAAUAUCUAAAUUUCUAUAAUUAAUUAUUUCACACCGUCAAAAGUCAAAAGGGGAGUGUGCUUGCGAUUGAUUCAGCGAGAGUGAGGGCGGGGCCUUGAUUUCACGGCUUUACUUCCUGCUCACUACUGCGCAGGUCUGGUCCCGAAAUCGCAACUGCGCAGACUCAAGUCCCAAGAUGUCAGCGCCAUAUCGGGACACUGGCGGCUUCAGUUCUCACCAAUGGAAAAGAGCGAAGGGGCGUCGGCCAUCUUUUACAGUCUAUGGUCGGGACACGUGACACCAGAAACGACUAUUACAACAGUUUUACAGAUUCAUGAUCAUCAUUUAUUUGAUUGUCCAGAAACAUAAUUGGGUUUGCAGGAGUUACUUUUACUGUGUCGACUUUGUUUUUGUUAUUACUGUAUAUUUACUGUCAUAUUUAAUUAUGAUGUAUAUUUAUUUGAGGUUUUAAUAUCUGUAUAUUUGUGUUUAUUUGGCGGUUAAAGAGGAACAUUGAAGCUUCUUCUGGAAAUAUUUUACUUCAGACUACUUUUACACGUAACAGAAUUAUGGUCUCUUAAUACUCACACAGAAAUCCUGAUUGUUGAUUACACUUGUAAGUGCACGAUGUGUUUUAUAAGAUUUAUAUAUAUAUAUAUUAGAGCUUUAAAUAAAGCACGGAUGAUGAACUGUAUUGAUCAGUAUGAACGCUGGAUGAUGUCACUGCUGGAGUAAAUAUACAUUCAUUAUGUACAACAUUCAGAAGUUCCUGCUCUGACUCAUGACGAUGAUGUGCGUCUCUCUGCACACACACACACAUACAGAACGUUUACAAUGAGCCGUUUAAUGUGUCAUCCUGUAAAGAAAUAAAUUCCUUUGAA